UUUAACGAAAAUCUUGUGGAUAUGGCAGUUCGUCGCCGAGGAAAUGGGAGCGAUGGCGCUGCACAAAUAUCGUCCUCUAUUUUGUAAGCGGAUUCUUGGACUGGAAGCGCUGCCAUGGCCGCAUUCGGGCAAUGGCGGCGAAUUUGAGGACUAGGAUCUGGAAAUAUGAGAACGAGGUCGUAGCAUUGAGGCAAUGGCAGUGGUGGCAGGCUUGGCAGCUGCGACUGGCGGCGCAGUGCUGGAAUGUAGCUCUGUUCUAUCGCCUGGCAUUCCAAGCACUUCUUCGUUGAGACGUCAAAAGCCUUGCUCCAGAAGGAGGGGAUGCUUCGCAAAAUUGGAUCAUCACAAUGCAAAUCCACGGCUUUGGAGCUCGGUUCUAGCAUGGAAUCACGAAGGCCCAGAACGAAGAUGGAAGGUGGCUGGCACCUUACAAGUGAGAGCAGUGACCACCACUUCCAGUUUUACAGAGACUGAGGCUUGGUUGGCUAGUGACGAGGCAACGACUAUUGCCGCGGCCGAGGAAGCCAUGGCUCUUGCAAGGGCGGCGGUUCUAGCAGCUCGAGAAGCUGCCGAGGCCAUUGCUGAUGAUUCUGGCGAAAUGGAACUCGCGAACGAACCACUUGCUGGAUCAACUUUGGGACUCGAGCAGAGCAUCCAACUUCCAGAGGUGGCGAGGAUUGAGACAACAGAAGAAGCGGAAGAAACUGCAUUGCAAGCCAAUGAACUUCUUUCAACAGAGGCGGAGAGCUUAGAGAGGAAGUACAACGUGGAAGUAGCGGUUACCUCUAGGAGGCGCAAACAAAGGAUGAUGAAAAGAGCACAGGCAGCAGAGAAGAGAAAGAACGAGAUGGAGGACGGAGAUGGGGAGACGAUCAAAGGACUUUUUCCAGCCGGAUCGAGAAAAGUCGUAGGCAGAGACCGGUACUGUCCACAAAUAUCUAGGAGGACUCGAAUGUCUGCUGCCGAGGAGCUGGAAGCAAUCAAUGGUAUUCAGGAGCAUAUAAAAAUGGAAGCCUUGUUUACCAGCAUGAGCGAGCAGCUUGGACGUGAACCAACAUUCAGAGAAUGGGCCGAGGCAUUGAAAAUAGAACCUCAAGAGCUUCGGAGGAAGCUCAAACAUGCAAAAAGAUGCAGGACCAACAUGGUCUCUUCAAAUCUCGGGCUCGUGAUCAAAGUGGCCCGAAAGUUUGGUUUGAAGGGGACGACGAUAGAGGAUCUUAUACAGGAAGGGAUCAACGGUUUACUUCACGGUGUUGAAAAGUUCGACACGUCUCGAGGUUUCCGGCUUUCAACGUACGUACUUUGGUGGAUUGAGCUAUCCGUAAGGAGGGCAUCGGUGAAACGCAGCAUAAUGUGCCAAGUGCCUAUGCAUCUAUUUGAUACGCACACUCGAGUUUUAAAGACGAGAGCCAGGAUCUUCGAAGAACGUGGUACAUUUCCAACAAACGAGGAAGUGGCCACGAUCCUUGGAACGACUGCGCAAAAAGUCCAUCUGGCUGCCAAUCUUAUGAGACAUCCAAAGUCAUUGGACGACAAUGUACCAGGUUGCGACAACGUCACUCUUUUGGAAAUCCUACCGGACCCGGAAGUAGAGUCCUCUCUUCUAGUUGCCGAGAAGGCGCUACUAAAGGAACAGCUCGACAAAGUGCUCAAUCUCCUGAAGCCCAGGGAGAAGGAAGUCCUGACACUCCGCUAUGGCAUUGGCGAUGGAAGGGACAGAACUUUGGAGGAGCUGAGCCACCAUUUCAACCUCUCUAGAGAACGAGUUCGCCAGAUCGAGAAGCGUGCACUGGCCAAGAUUCACGAGCUGGGAGGAAAGGAGCUACUGGCGAGUUUUGUCAAAACUUUCACCACCAAUACUGACUUGUAAUAUCAAAACUUUCUCGAGCGCUCUUUAAAGGUACGUGGUAAAAAUUUUGGUUUCUCCUCUAUUUCUUUGUAACCAAUCGGAGGCUGCCAUGAAUCAAGCUGCAUAUUCUUCCAUUGCAUGGAAAGUUUGCCAGUGAAGCGUGUCUCACUCUCAGUGAGUUUCGGUACAGUCAGUGCGUUUUUAAAGGGGGCUUUGGGCUUUUCAGUUCUGUACCAAGGUUCCAAUGGCUUCUUACCAGGACACUCAAUCCGAGUACUACUAUCCCACGACGGAUAAAGACGCAACGAUUCCAGUGAUUGUUGUGGAAGACGACGCAGCAGCGGCAGAAGUCGACGACAAAGCUCCGGCUGUCGAGGGAGAGGACGCUCCGGAGCUCACCGACGAGGAAAUCCAGAAGAUGGAAGAUGAAGAGCUCAAGAACGAGGAAGAGGAAGAUAUUCCGGAGGAAGUUCUCAAGGAAUCAUGAAGAUUUUCUUCUUUCUUCUCGUAGCCAUGUUGGUAGAUUUCUAACACUAGUCUCACUUACCUACGUUUGCAAGCUAAUGUAGCUCUUUAUUUACACAGAAA